UUGGUGAUCUGGACACCACAGGAAAAUCGAAAUAAUAGUUUUGAAGUGAAGUGUAAUAGUCCAGUCACUUGUGAGCUUUAAGCGGAAAACAUGGAGAGUUCUAGUAGUGAUAAUGAGAAACAUGUUCUUGUGGGCUGCACAGGCAGUGUUGCAACCAUUAAGUUGCCAGUUCUUUUGAAAACUAUACUAGGAUCACAGCGUUCAUUGUCUUGGAAUGUACAGGUGCGAGUUAUUGUGACUCAGAAUGCAAGGCACUUCUAUGCCUCUGCAGACUUGCCGAAGGAUGUCCAGGUUUAUUGUGAUCAAGAUGAGUGGACAGCUUGGUCAAAAAGGGGUGAUCCUGUACUUCACAUUGAAUUGGCAAAAUGGGCAGAUAUUUUCAUUGUUUCACCACUUGAUGCAAAUACUUUGGCAAAAUUAGCCCAGGGGCUGUGUGACAACUUGCUGACUUGUGUGGCACGAGCAUGGAACAUGAAGAAGCCAUUGUUAUUCUGCCCAGCUAUGAACACUCAUAUGUGGGAGCACCCAGUGACAGCCACUCAGAUUGCAACAUUGAAGAACUGGGGCUACACAGAAGUGCCAUGCAUUACUAAAACUCUUGUCUGUGGAGACACAGGACUUGGUGCUAUGGCUGAAGUGUCUAGUAUUGUUGAUACAAUUUAUGAAACCCUUAGAAUCCACAAUUGUUGAUAUUACCUUCCAUGUCUAGUAAAUUCUGCAUUGUUUCAAAACUAUGCCUCUUCAUCUUCCUUAAAAAACUUCAAAGUCAUUUGCUUUUCAGAUCAUUUAUGAUCUUACCAAUGUGUAAGUUGUCUCUUUGUGUUGUUUCUAUUAAUAAGCCAUAAAUACAUGGGAGUGCAGACAUUUGAAGUUAACACUGACAGGAUCUAUAGUAUUUGUCCAUUUUCAUACCAUAUUAUUUAUGGGUUUCAGCUUAGUGCAUAUAUAGUGGAAUACAUUUCCAUGUAUACUGGAAACGGUGAACAGAAUCCAUAUUUUAGGUUAUUUAGCUGUUUAGUAGAUACAUCCUGCAGUAGAUGGACUGCCUCUGUGGUCUAGUGAUCCAGAGGUCAGGUUCAAUUCCUGGUGCUACCAGAUUUUCUGAGUAGUGGGUC